AUGGCAGAAUGUAAGCUCAGCUCAACGCCUAUGGAAAACAGGUUGAAUCUGUUCAUAAAAGGAGAGGAAAAGCUGCGUACUAAACAAUCAUAUCGCGAAUUGAUAGGUUGUCUGAUGUAUGCGUCAUUAACGACCAGGCCUGAUUUGACUGCCAGCGUGAAUUUUUUUAGUCAAUUCCAGAGUUGUCCAACGGACGAGCAUUGGACACACUUAAAAAGAAUCCUACGCUACGUGAAAGAUUCUAUGGAUGCGAAACUUGUGUAUUAUCGGAACGGAGGAAAAGUGCUGGAGAUAUAUACGGAUGCCGACUGGGCCAACAAUGUUGUUGAUAGGCGAUCGGUUAGUGGCAGCGUGUUCAAAGUAUUUGGAUCGACUGUGGCUUGGAUUACUCGGAAGCAACAUACUGUGGCGCUUUCUUCGACGGAGGCAGAGCUGACGGCGUUAUGUGUAGUUGUUUGCCAUGGAUUGUGGAUGCAGCGAUUGUUACGGGAUCUGGACUGUAAGACAGAUGCUCCUGUAACGUACUAUGAAGACAAUCAAUCGACAAUUCGUAUAGCAGAAGAUUCUAAAGAUUUCGGGAGGUUAAACAUGUCGAUGUGA